AUGGAAAACAAAGCCCAGACUCCUUUCCGGCGUAUUGUAACCCACCACAAGAACGAGAAGUCCUCGAUCCUGAUAAAUGAGGAGCUUCAGUUCGAGGAUGGGUGGGGCAGCCAGGCCGUCACUAUAUGGAAAAACCAAGAGUAUCCCGCCGAGUACCAGGGCGAAAAACCCGACGCCGUGCCGAUCAUCUACACCCACGGAUCUUUAAUCCGCGCGGUCGAGUUUCCUCCGCAUUCUCAGGGACACAACCACAGAACAGCUUCUCUUGACUACGGGAUAGUCAUGGAGGAUAAGCCUGCUCGCAUCAUAUUCGUCCUCCUCCCAGGACAAAAGACAACCAAAGAUGGCGUGGAUGUUACGGAGAAGGGAGUGCCUGCCGAGCUGUUGCCCAAGAGAGGAUAG